UACUUGUUGUUGAUCUUGUGCGGCGAGGCUCCACGAGGUGGGGAGGUGACUGGGGGGUAUUUGAAUGGAUUUGGGCCCCGCAUUUUGAGAAGCAGUAGUUCUGUCUGACAGAUCACUGUCGUUAUCUUCUUUUUGAUACCUCGCGAUGCGUGUCUUCUCUUGCUUGUCGGUGGCGGCAGUGUCGGUGUUCGCCUUGUUGGGCGCGACGUCUGCUGCGGACAAUCCCCCGAAGUACAGCCCGAUGUUGAACAGGGACAUGCACGCCGGGUCGCUCACCAUCCAAUACCAGACGCCUGACUUGCAUGGAAAGAACUGGGUGGGUUUGUACCCCCUGAAUGAGGGCCCUGUCCAACACCGUAAGGAUGGGGAGUCGUUGAUGUGGAAAUAUGCGCCUCGCAACGAUGGUAUUCUGUGGUUUGACGUGAGCUCUCUGGCCGCCGGUAAUUACACCGUGUAUUUUCUCGCCAAGGACGGCUAUUCGUGGUUGACGGACCCGAUCGAUAUCACGCUGUCAACCUACCCCGAGAUUUACUUCCCCGUGGCCGAGGCGACCUUGCGCAAUGGCCGCCAAGGCGAGGCCUACGAGGCUCGGCUCCACGGCCUCCUUCUCGGCAAGCAUGAGAAGAACGUCCGCUUCGAAAAGAUGGAAGGGGAUGACUGGAUCACGGUCCACGCGGACGGCACCCUCCAGGGGAUCCCGAGCCAGGCGGGGCCUUCCCACGUCACGGUGCGCGGCGUGGCGGAGAACGACGUGACGUCGACGAUCAAGCUGACGAUCCCGGUGCGUGAAGGUGCCAAACGGCUGCUGGACAGCGUGCGGACGAUGUCCUUGAACAUCUGGCACGGCGGCGCGGAGCUCAACGAUGCCCUCACCAAGCAGCUGUGGGUCAUUCUUAAAUCCAAUGUGGAUGUGGUGGCCUUGCAGGAAUCGGAGAAUGGAGCCGCCACCCGGAUCGCCACCGCGCUGGGGUGGGACUACUGGGAGAGCUCGUUCAGCGUCAGCAUCCUCAGCCGAUACCCCAUUGUGCAGAAAUACGGCGCCGUCUCUCGGUCUGGCGCCGCCCGGGUCAAUCUCAACGGCGAAAAAGCGGAAAAGAUCCAUCUCAACGUCUGGAAUGCUCACUUGGGGUACACCCCGUACGGGCCAUAUGAUGCCUGUCGUGGGGAGAAGGAUUGGGCGGGGGUACUGGAAGGCGAGAAGAAGUCCGGCCGUGUCGACCAGAUCAACGAGAUCAUGGCGGGCAUGAAACUACAUCUCGACGACGCAGACAAUGUGCCCGUCCUGCUGAUGGGGGAUUUCAACGCCCCCUCGCAGCUGGACUAUGUUGAAAGUUUGAAGGAGCAACACUGCGGCCUCGUCGGUGUUGAGUGGCCGACGUCCAAGGCACCGCUAGACAAUGGCCUCAUGGACUCCUUCCGUGAGACUCACCAGAUUCCUGCUGCCAACGAGGUGACUUGGUCGCCCUUGUAUCCGCGGCAAGACGGCGUCUCGGGUGACUUCGAACCGCAAGAUCGCAUCGACUUCAUCUACUACAAGGGUAAAAAGCUCAAGGUGAAGAAAACUCAGGUCUUCGACCAAUGGUCGCCCUCACCGUAUCCAACGCAUAAAGAUAAUGGGUGGCCCUCGGACCACAAGGCGGCGUUUGCGGAAUUCAACCUGUGAGAGUGACGGCGGCGGCUGGCGGCGUACAUGGGGCUUUGGCACGAGAGUAUUUUUGAUUAGUUUCAAUUUGUAAUGAAUAUCCGGAUU